UGAACCUUUAGUGGAGCCUUCUUACGUCUCCUAGUCCUCCCAGCAACCGGUGACGCGGCCCUCAUGAGGCAGACCACUGGCCAACCCGGGAGAGCGGGGCUGGAGCGUGACCCCCCCAAUCCCGAGGCGCCUCCCAGCUCCCCCCACUCUGCGGCCCCGCGCUCCGCCAGCUCCUUCUCUCCCUUCCCCGUCCCAGUCCCGCAGUGCGGGAGGCUGGGGUCGGCGAGCCAGCUGAGUGGGAGCCGCGCGGUGUCCGAGGAUCCAGUCGGCGACCGAUUUCCUCCCAAGCAUAAACGCUUUCCUUCCAGGGCAAGCUCCAGCAUGGGGUGAGGUACAGAAGAGAGACUUGAAGGAUACACCCUGGCACUCAAGCACAAAACCUGCACCCUUGACCAGGGUCUCUUAUUCCAUGUCUGUGAUGGGGCAAAAUGGGCACAGCACAUCCUGCUCCAGAGGCACAGGGAGAGAACAUGCUAUAUCCACCACUCCUUCCCAAGAAGGAGGGGAACAGAAGCUUCAGAGCCCACCCCUGCAGGGCUCACGGUACACGGUAAACCUAGCUGCAGCCCACCUCUGAAACAGCCACAGCACCUGCUGUGAGAGAAGGAACCCUGGAAUCCGCGGACCAGUUUUCCAGGCCUCCCUCUCUUCCCUCUGCUACCGUUCCCUUUCUAGGCCUUAAGAAAACUGAGAAUAACUCUCAGCUGGAGGAGGUGGACUCCAGAGUGUGAGUGGCACGCUGCACCCUGAGGGCGCCCGGCUGGCCCUCAUCAUGCUCGCUGCCUCAGAGGCAGCAGCCGGCAGGCCUUAUGGGUGCAGUGAGUGUGGAAAGAGCUUCCGCUACAGUUCGGUGCUGCUGCGGCAUGAGCGCACCCAUGGUGGCGACAGCCGCUUCCGCUGUCUAGAGUGUGGCGAGCUCUGCGCACAGGCCGCAGACCUCCGUGCGCACCGACGCGCUCAUGCGGGCCAGACACUCUACAUCUGCAAUGAGUGUGGCCAGAGCUUCCAUCACAGCGGCCGCCUUGACCUACACCAGAGCGCGCACAGGCGGCGCAGCCGCUCCUGCCGCUGCCGAGCUUGCGGCCGCUGCUUCCCACACCUCCCGGCUCUGCUGCUGCACAGGCGCCACUGGCACCCUCCCGAGCGGCCCCGCCGCUGUCCGCUGUGCCCUCGUGCCUUCCGCCAGAGCGCACUGCGCUUCCACCAGGCACGGGCACACCCGUGGGGGACACCGGCCGUGCCCGCUGACACGCUCCAUCGCUGCACUCAGUGCCCGCGGGCCUUCCGCAGCGGUGCGGGACUUAGGAGCCAUUUGCGUGUCCACACGGCCAGGAGCCCUGGUGACUCCACACUUCGGCAGCCAGGCAGUUCGGACGCACACCAAUGUGGUGUGUGUGGCAAGAGCUUUGGCAAGAGCUCCACACUAACGCGACACCUGCAGACGCACUCGGGUGAGAAACCUUUCAAAUGCCCGGAGUGUGGCAAGGGCUUCUUGGAGAGCGCCACCCUGGUGCGCCAUCAGCGCACGCACACGGGCGAGAAGCCCUACGCCUGCAGCGACUGCGGGCGCCGCUUCAGCGAGAGCUCGACGCUGCUGCGCCAUCGGCGUAGCCACCAGGGAGAGCGGCCACACGCAUGCGCCACUUGUGGCAAGGGCUUUGGGCAGCGCUCCGACCUUGUGGUGCACCAGCGCAUCCACACAGGCGAGAGGCCCUUCCCUUGUACCGAGUGUGGCCGCUGCUUCAGCGACCGCUCGGACCUCACAAAGCACAGGCGCACACACACAGGCGAGAAGCCCUACCGCUGUGAGUUGUGCGGCAAGCACUUCACGUGUGUGUCCAACCUCAACGUGCACCGGCGCAACCAUGCUGGCCACAAGCCCCACAAGUGCCCUGAGUGUGGCAAAGCCUUCAGUGUGGGCUCCAAGCUGGCACUACACCGCAAGACGCACCUGGGCGAGCGGCCGGCGGAAUGUGCGGAGUGUGGCAAGUGUUUCAGCCACAGCCGCUCCCUGUCGCAGCACCAGCGGGCCCACACACGUGCUCGCGCCGCCGCAGCUACAGCUGCCGGUGCCACUCAGGCCAAGGCAGGCACUGCCCUCAUCUUUGCUGGGCAAGCAGGACAGGAAAAGCAAGGGCUUUUUGUGUCUCAGUUGAGAAAGACUUGCUGAGCGUCUUCUCCGGAGUGGGCUAGAUAAGCACUUUUAUAGUGCCAUAGGGACGGGUCGGACAACUCGCAGAUGGAGUUCUGUGGAAGGGCAGCGUGGCAUAUUACCUUUCUCCAUCUCUGUUGGUAGCACUUCACCUGGCCUCUCGCUGCACCCCUACACCUACUUCCCCUGUCAGCUCUUUGCCUGUUCUCAGUCCGUCCUCCCCCUCUGAGGUGUAGGUG